AUGAGGCGGUUCACGUCGCCAGAACGCGGCGGGUGUCCCUUCCCAGCAGCAUGCGCCAGCCGCCUCGCAGCGCUGCGAGGCGGUCUCGGCCGUCGCCAGCGGGUGAGAAUCUCGUUCAUGCUGACGGUCAGGCCGCCGCCCACGGAGCAUGGCAGGAGAGGCCUCGAGCUGUACGAGCCCUUCGCGCACCUGCUCACAGAGGAUAGCAGAAUCAGCGAGUUCGUGCGCGACCCGUCGAAGACCAUCGACCAUUACAUGGAACAGUACAAGUCCCUGUGCGCCACUGAAGAUUCCAUUCGGCAGCAGCUACCGAAUGAGAUCCGCGGGCAAAUGGUGAAUGUUGAGUGUUCGGAGCUCAACGAGUUGCUGCGGCAGAAGAUUGACAAGUGCAAGGCGGAGCUGCUGGAGAGCGCGGCGAGGCUGAACCGGGAGCGGAACCGUGAGCUGGCGCAGAGCUUCGACAAGAUCAUGCAGGACUGCGCCGGCUGGGGGGCCCUGGAGGCAGCACUGGGAGGCGAGGGUCGCUGGCCUGACUUGUGGCAGGCGCGGGGCUGGAUGGCCCAGGCGGCUGUCGAGGACCUCGACGGUGGAGACGAGGACCUCUGGGAGGCGCCGGAGGCCGUCGUGCCCGCGCCCGUGGAGGACGGACCCGUGCCGAUCGUCCCACUGGCAGUGGCCCAGGGCAGAUGCUACUGCAGCACGGGCUACACUGCGGGCGGCCUCGAGCAGUGCCGGUUCGCGUGGCGGGCGCUGCGUGUCUCCAGCGCAGAGCCGCCGUUGCGCUUCGUGAAGGCCGAGUUCCUCUUCAGCGACGACGGCUACUGGGACUGGUGGGCCAGCCACCCUGGCCAGCCGAGCGCGAUGACGGUGCGCCCGCUCAUCCACGUGUGCUCGGAGAACCCGUGCUCAGUCUUGGAGGGGCCGGGGACGUGCACCGAGCUGAUCCACGUGUCGGACGGGGCGGAGCUCGGCCUCGGGGACCUGCGGGCGCUGUUCGUCGAGUGCCAGGAGACGAACCCCGAGGCGGCUUGGCCAGCAGCAAGCCUCGGGCCGCUGGUCGCCGCCGCCGCCCCCGCGAGGCCCGCUGCGGUGGCCAAAGCGGCGGGGCGCCCACCAGCCGCAGCAGGUCCUCCCAGGGCCCCGCCUGGCGCUGCCCCCUUCGACGACUUCCUGAGCGUGAGGGGCUCGUCGCGCGGGCCUGGCUCAGAGCUGGCCGCAGGCGAGGAGGCGGCUGCCGCGGGCGGCCUGGGAGGCAAGCUCGAGGGUGCUCGUGUGCGCUUCGAGGAGGGGAAGCGGGCUGCUGGCGACGUCAACCUGGACGGCUUCCCCCUCGGCGCAGAGGCGGCUGGCGAGGGGCCUGUGAAGAAGCGGUCGCUCGGAGACCUGCUGGUCGAGCGCGCCGCGAAGCUCAAGAGGGCCGCCUCGGACGCGGCCCCCCGAGGGUCAGGAGACCCCGUGCCCGAUCGGGCGCUGCCAGGAGCUGGUCCGAGCGGCGGCAUGGCGGAGCUGGCGCAGGCGCUCGUGAUGGCCAUCCGCGAGGGCAAGGAGGGCCCCCCUGGCGACGGCGGCGGGGACGGCCUCGGCUCCUCGGACCCCGCGGCGGUGCCGCGCGACCUGGCCACGAAGAGGGCUUUCUGUCGUCGGAUGGCCGCCGCCUCCCCAGGCCGCCUCGCGGAGCUGAGCCUGCAGCAGAUGGCGGACUUCCUGGGCUCGCAGGAGGGGGAGGCAGCCGUCGACGCGACGGGCCCGAUCGCGCUGCGGUACCUCCUCACGAUCUACCUGCCGCAGCAUCCGGUGAAGGAGAUCGGGGUGCAGACGUACCGCGAGCUCCGCACCCUCGCGGAGGCGGUGGACCUGCUGAUGCAGGGGAAGGCGGCCCACGCCUGCGACCUGAUCGUCCAGCGCCUGAAGGCGCUGCAGGUGGCAACGACGGAUGGCUCGUGGGCGGCGGCGAAGUGGUUGGAGCUGAUCCCGCCGCGCGACGAGCCCACGGCCAUCCGCAGCGAGGAGGAGGGGCUCAUCCACAGCAUCCAGCUCGGGGAGAUGAAGCUGGACGAGCUCUCCGCACGGCUGGCCUCCGCCAAGACGCCGGGAUAG